GACCGGGGUUUUCAGAUUGGAAGACUUCAGAAACUGGUGAAGAACAAUCUCUUUAUUCUGGCCAUGGUCGAGGUUUGCCCAAGGCAAGCAACAGUCCGCUUGGUCAGCACGUUGGGACGUCGCAAUCAAGGCCGAGAGCAAAAAGGAAGUCCCGCUCCUGGAGACAUCGUCUUGGCAAGGUUUUCGGAUUCCACCGAUUGCUACUGGGCCAAGGUUGCUCGUAUUGCUGGCAGUACCUGCGAUGUUGAAUGGCUACGGCCAUUCGCUGGCCAGCCUGGCGGCCCACUCUACGCCUGUAGCAAUGGCUGUGACGACACUCAGGGACGGUCUGGCUUGAGGCCAGAAGACCUACGGUGGCCCUUGCCAGAAGAGUUAGCGUCAGAUUCAGCUCCACUCGUGCCUGAGAUGGAUUUCCAUUAUACUGAUGUGUCUGAGGAGGAAGUUGUCACUGUCCACCGUCCGGACCGUCCAGCUCAAACUUUUCAACAUCAGGGGUCUGGUGCACCUCUUUGGCCAGGCGACAUCCAAGACUUCCAUUGGACUUCAAUGCGCUCAGUGGACGAGAGCUAUGAGAAACCUGGUCCGUGGCCAGAGAAUUUCGCCAAGCGUGGUGCAGAGCCACCUGCAGAGCCACUCAUGUCUGGCUUCAGCAAGUUUGUCUUCCAGAGCCUUAAAUUGGAUGCCUGUUGUGCUCCAGAUUCGAGCCACAAAGCCAUCUCCGUGCUUUGAGAUCCAAAGGAUCCUCAGUUGAACGGAAGAUCCAACCGGCCAUUUGGUGAAGCUGGGCUUUAGGAAACAGCUUCCAGCCUUGCAGUGUGCCUGAAAGGCCGUUUGAAGCAAA